CACGCGGGGAGGCCGGGCCGGGGCGCCCCUCCGCCCUCGACAGUGACUGUGUGCCGGGUGCGGGGCGCGCCGAGCCGGGGAGCACCUGCGCGAGGCCGCGGGGCCUUGCGCUGAGGUCGAGGGAGCCUGCGGACGGGGAGAGGCCGCAGGAGGGUGGAGAGCGAGCGGGGAUCCCCCAGAAUCCAACCUGCUCCGGUGACAGGGACGGCACACGGUGGCGACGGUGCCCCACGGGGAGCGUCAGCCCGGGCCUGGGCUGCCGUGGUGCCACAGGCUUCUCCAGCUGGGCCGGCUGGAUCUGGGCUCCAGGAUCAGAACUGGGUGACAGCGAGGGCUCCGCUCCUAACGUCCGUCGCCCUGUGCCGCAGUGGCCCCUGCCCUCUUGGAUGUUGGCCCCUCUCCGUGGCCCCUCUGGGUGUGUCUGGCCAGAAGACAUCCGCGAUUCCUGGAAGGAGGGCCACCCCGAGAGCCAUGUGACCUGUCUACAGGCAGAGGAUGGAGACGCGCGCUCCCGGAAAAUACCUUCAGGAUUCCUCAGCCGCAUCCAUGUGGUGCUGGAGCGGCCGUGCACUGGGCAGUAGGAGCAGGGGCGGUGCAGGCCCCGGGGGCUCGGCCACGAGUCUCCGGCCACUCCCUCUCCUCCUCGUGCAGCUGGGGUAGGCGUGGACUCCCUGCUGCCCCCGGCCAGCGCUUCCCCUGAUCCGCACAAUGGGACUGUGAAGGCAGACACUUCUGGGGGCGCCGGAUCAGCUUGCACGCCGGAUGAUGGGUGACGACAGACUCUCUGAACACUGCAAGCCCAUGGAAUUUCUCAGUCUCUACUUGGGAGACAACCAGCAGCCCGGCCCAGGAGUGCACCUGAUGGAAACGUGCAGCCUUCCCGACCCUCCCAAACCUCAUGGGGAACACAGCUGGGCCUCGGAGCCUCCUGAGUCCAUGAGGCCAGAUGCUCCCGCCAGGGCCUCCAGCACGGAGCCCCUGCACCUGGGGAGUCGCUCUUCCCCGGGGGAGCCCGGGCACAAAGCAGUGCCCCCCGGCUCACCCAGGAACAGCCGUCCGCUGGGGAGCCCGAGGCAGAGCCAGAGCACGUCCACGCAGGUGGUGUUCUGGGCAGGCAUCCUGCAGGCCCAGAUGUGUGUCCUGGACCUGGAGGAGGAGCUGGAGAAGACAGAGGGGCUCAGGGCCGAGCUGAGGUGCUGCCUACCCGCGGCCCCUGUGGAGCUCCCCCCUUUCCCCUCCAGCCCCACGGGUCCCCGGGGCUCAGGCCUCCACCCCAGCUCACUCGUGGAGGAGGCCCCGGGGGGAGACAACGGUGGCCCCGAGGGGGAGAACCAGAACUCCGUGUGGCCGAGGGAGGGAAGGACAGACUCCUUCCCGGAGUGGGGCGCUGAGGAGGAGAGCGUGUUCUUCGACAACCCCCUCUUUUUGGAGAGCCCUUGCUCGGGCACCAGUCCUUCCGGAGCUCGCUUUUCUGGGGAGUUCUCAGACUCCCGCAUGGAUAUGAGACCUGAGCCCCAGUGUAUCCAGACCCCGGCGCCUCCGCUCCCAGGACGGGGAGUGCUGUGGGAACUGGACAGCGAGCCAGAUUUGGGGGACGGUACUGCUGACGCCAGCGGACACAGCACGCCUCCAUUCCCUGUGCCCACCUACAAACCUCACUCCUUCUCGUGGGCCAUGGUGGGGGAGGCCACCAAGGGGACCCCUGAAGCACCUCCUGACUGGGGGGAGAGUGAGACUUCUCUGGGAGACAGUCUUGACCCCGCCCCACCUGCAGCAUCCUGUGUGGACAAAGUGUUGGCCUGGGAAACAGGACAAGUCGGAUCUGAUCCCAGCUCUACCACACAUCCCGUGCAAACUUGGGCCCUGCCCAGCCCGGAAGGCUGGCAGACAGAAGAGGGUCCUUCCUGGCCCCAGGUGCCUCUGAUCUCCCUGGACCAAGGUGACAGUGAUGCUGAGUGUCCCCAGGAGUCUGCUCUGCGCACCUUGGCUCCUGGCCCCUGGGGGAGCCCAGCCUCAUCGCCGGAGCCUAGCAGCCCUGAGUCUGAGAGCGGAGGCCCUGGCCCCAGGCCCAGCCCUGUGUCCUCCCAGGAAAGCAGCCCGCAGCCCCGGAGCCCCCACUGGGGCAGCAGUCUUCCCGAGUGGACCCUAGACGCUUCACGCCCUUCACUCUUGGAGACAGAUGGGGCAGAGCCAAGUCUCCUGAAGAAAGAGGAGGCAGGAGAGGCCCCACACCCAGGGAAGGAAGUAAAGAGUGAAGGCCCAGCCAGGACUCCAGAGGCUGGAGCCAUCCAGCCUGGUGCUCGCUUGACCUCUACAGAACGGCUUCCCGAGAGCCCCAUGCCCCAAGCGCAGUCCUCGGAGGAAAGCCAAAGGCCACAGACUGGAGACAAGCUGGCUAAUGGUGUCAGCCCCGAAAAGGUGGCCUGGAACUUGGCCUCUCGCCUCUAUCACCUGGAAGGCUUCCGGAAGUCCGAGGUGGCUGCCCACCUGCAGAAGAACAAUGACUUCAGUAGGGCCGUGGCUGAGGAGUACUUGUCCUUCUUCCAGUUUGGAGGCCAGAGCCUGGACCGAGCCCUCCGGGGCUUCCUCCAGGCCCUGGUGCUCAGCGGGGAGACUCAGGAGCGGGAGCGAAUCCUCUACCAGUUCUCCAAACGCUUCCAUUACUGCAAUCCCGGGGCCUUCUCCUCUGCAGAUUCUGUUCACACCUUGACCUGUGCCAUCAUGCUUCUCAACACGGACCUGCACGGACAGCCCUACUUCUCUCAAUGGCCACAGAACAUUGGGAAGAGCAUGAGUUGCCAGGAAUUCAUAACCAACCUGAACGGCCUGCGAGACGGCGGGAACUUCCCGAAGGAGCUGCUGAAGGCCCUCUACUGGUCUAUCCGAAGUGAGAAGCUUGAAUGGGCCGUGGACGAGGAAGAUGCAGGCAGACCAGAGAAGGCCCAGGUGUCUCCCCCCACGGGCAAGAUGAGCAACCCCUUCCUCCAGCUGGCCCAGAACCCCACGGCACCCACCUACAAGCAGGGCAUCCUGGCUCGGAAGAUGCAUCACGAUGCGGAUGGCAAGAAGACGCCGUGGGGCAAGCGCGGCUGGAAGAUGUUCCACACCUUGCUUCGGGGGAUGGUCCUGUACUUCCUGAAGGGAGAGGACCACUGCCCUCCUGAAGGGGAGAGUUUGGUGGGGCAGAUGGUGGAUGAGCCGGUGGGGGUGCACCACUCGCUGGCCACCCCGGCCACCCAUUACACCAAGAAGCCGCAUGUCUUCCAGCUGCGGACUGCCGACUGGCGUCUCUACCUCUUCCAGGCCCCCACUGCGAAGGAGAUGAGUUCCUGGAUCGCGCGCAUCAACCUGGCCGCAGCCACGCACUCGGCACCGCCCUUCCCCGCCGCCGUGGGCUCCCAGCGCAGAUUCGUCCGGCCGAUCCUGCCGGUGGGCCCCGCCCAGAGCUCCCUGGAGGAGCAGCAUCGAUCCCACGAGAACUGCCUGGACGCUGCGUCCGACGACCUGCUGGAUCUGCAGAGGAACUUACCGGAGCGGCGGGGCCGCAGCCGAGAACUGGAGGAGUACCGUUUGAGGAAGGAGUACCUGGAGUAUGAGAAAACCCGCUACGAGACCUACAUGCAGCUGUUGGUGGCCCGUCUGCACUGCCCCGCGGAUGACCUGGACCUGUGGGAAGAGCAGCUGGGGAGGGAAGCCGGCGGCACUCAGGAGCCCAAGCCCAGCCUAAAGAAGUCCCACUCCAGCCCGUCCCUGCACCAGGAAGAGGCCCCCACCACGGCCAAGGUGAAGCGCAACAUCUCAGAGCGCAGAACUUACCGGAAGAUCAUACCCAAGAGGAACCGCAAUCAGCUCUAAAGCUGGCAUCAGCCCCACGGACUCUGGCCCUGUGUUUGGGGGGGACCUGAGAGGAGACCCCACGGAGGAGCUUUGUUUCAGUGGGUCUGUGCUGGGGGAUGAGGCCCUCCCCUUUACCGCUGAAGGGCAAGCCCUGUUUCUCUGCAGUCCUCACUCCCCCGUUCACUGGAGCUUUCCUAAUAGUGCUGCGCCCACCCCCCUUACAGCCCCCAGCGGCCCCAGUCCCUGCUCACUCCCAAGGGAGGACAGAGGUCAAGGGUUUGGCUGUACUCCCCUGUCACCCUCCCCCCUUUCACAAUCCAGAGUGGCCACAUUUCUUGGGCCUGGGGGCAGCUUAGGGCUCAUUUGAGAAUCAGUACCUGCGGGCCCUGAGCUUCCAGAAGGGAGGCUGGGGCAGCAGAAGCACAUCUGGGCAGUCAAGCCAGGGGAGCCACAGCCCUGAGGAUGGUCUUGCUCUGGGACUCAGGUGACAUGCGGUGAGAGGUCGUGGGAGACCCCAGCCAGCCUCAGGUGACUGAGAGAGCAGGGUGGCUCGGCCCUGCCCCCUGACAGGUAGGCCUUGGGGCUGGGCGGGGGGGGCUUCGAGGACAAACUCAGUGAGGCUGACCCUGGGGCCCUGGGCCUUGGUGUCCUUUCCCCCUACAGUCGUCCAUGCACCUGGGGCAGAUGAGAGAGGCCCUACUUCACACACCCAAUUGCUAAUCAUCGGAGCAGAGCCAUUAGUGGUCAGUGAGGGCCAUGGGGUUGGACCUCCAGAGCUCUGUGGGGAGCCCUGGGAACAAGGGGCCUUUGUUUUCCCAGAGCAGGGAAGGAGGUCCUCCAGUUUGGACCUGGGAGAGGCUGAGGGGCAAGAGGCCGUGAUACAUCCCCUGGGGGCUCUCUUGGGAAGAGCUUGUCUGAGAGCUGUGAGGGCCAGGUAGAAGCCUGGCUCCUCCCGCACACCCCACCCCAUAAAGUUGCAUUCCCCAGGAGGGGCACCAGGGCCCCUUCCAGACCCACCCCCUCCCCGCCAACACUCAGGGGGCUUUGCUGCCCUUCCUGGGAAGUUCCCCUGUGCUGCCCUCUGGCUGCCUCCCAGCUGGGCUCUGGGGGAGGUUCCGGACACUCAGGGACCUGGGGCUCUGCCUGUGGGAAGGAGGCUGGCUUGGAGGGGCAGCCACCAUUGUCUCUGUUCAGCCAAGUGUGCGAGUAGGCUGCCCGCCAAGAGGGGCCUCUGCUGCCUGUCUGCCGCCUGCUGGCUGACACACGGCCUCUCCAGCCUUCCCACCAGGGCCCUGCCCCUCCCAUCCUUGCCUGAAACCAGCCGUGGGGCCUGGAGCACCACCGAGUGGGGCUGGCCCUUGGGGACCACAAAGGGUGUCAGGCCAGGGCUCAGGGCUGGGCCAAGAACCCAGUGGGUGCACAAUAAAUGCAGGCUGGUGAAGAAGGAGGUGUGCACCGAUGUGUGAGGAAGGGAGGGCCAGGCAGACCUGCAUGGCUGGAGCCACCCGCAGGAUGCCAGGCUGGGUCUCCCCUCGCCCGGGCCCAUCUGUGCCUACAUGCGUCUGUAUGUGCCUGCGUAGGUCUGUGCGUGUGGAACACGGUGCGUGCAGGCUGUCAGAGCCUCAGGGAACCUCUGAAUCAUUCAUUCAUCCACUCAUUCAUUCAUUUCACAAAUAGUAUUGACCACUAUUUAUGGGCCAGUACGAGGGGAUUCCAGGAAUGACUGAAACAUGUCUCUGGCCUCCAGGAGGUAACCAUCCUGUUUUCUGGUUCCUUGCUGUCAGUAAAGAGGCACACUUUAUCUCGUGGGGGGGAGGGGGGCUGCUGAAGACACAUUCCCACCCUUCGCUCAGGGAUUUGGAUUCAGGAGGUCUGAGUCGGGGGCAUAGAUAUAUAUUUUUAAAGCGGCUUGCGUCACUGAUGUGCAGUUAAUAGGUGAAAACCUAGUAUCAGGUGGAUGUGACUUGCCCCUGGACCAACACAAACUUGGCCUUGAGUGGGUUAUUUGACCUCACUGAACGUGUAUCCUUAUUUCUAAAGCCAGAAUAAAAGGCGGAGGUUUGUCUGCAUUUGUGCAUGUA